UUUACACUGGAGAUGGCGACCUUACGACAAGCAAAGGCGACUUUACGCCAAGAAAUGAAACAGAAGCUGGCGAACAUUACCAAGGAGGAAAAGGAUAGACAAUCAGACAUUGUUAUCAAAAAGGUUCUACAGUCUCCAAUCUUCGCCUCAAGCCAACGGUUGUCGCUGUUCCUCAACAUGCCAGACGAAAUCAACACCUUCCCGAUUUUGCAAGCAGCCAUGGCAGCAAAGAAAGCAUGUUUUAUUCCCCAUUACCAGGGCCCAGUCAUGAAGAUGGUACACCUGGUCUCUUUGGAAGACUACUACAACUUGCCGCUGACCAAGUGGAACAUUAAACAGCCGGCCGAUAAUGACCUUCGGCCAGAUGCUGUGGACACAGGUGGCCUCGACCUGAUACUGAUGCCAGGUCUGGCCUUCUCCAGGCAAGGAGCUAGGCUGGGCAGGGGAAAAGGUUACUAUGACAGCUAUCUGCGACGCUGUCAUGACUCUGGUGUGACUCCUCGCACAAUGGCUCUGUCCUUCAGGGAGCAGCUGGUGGACCACGUGCCCACUGGUGAGCAUGACUUUCUGGUGCAGGAAGUCGUGUGGGCAACAGAGGAGAUGUAGGAUUGGCGAUCCCUUUCCCAUCCUUCACCCGUGUCUGGCUGACCCUAUUCGUAUCCUGAAGAGUUUGAGGGUGGGAAUUAAUCCACUGGGGUGGAUUUCAAAGCUAAUUCUUGCGUCAUUCCAGCUGAUCGUGCCACGACGGGUUUAAGAUGCUUACGAAAUAUAUGCAGUGUUGACCUCACCUUUACAAAGGUUUACCUUGUGUUUGUUC